UGAUUUAAUCAAGGUAUGGAUGAAGAACUAGAAAGAGAUGAAAAGGUAUUUCUGCUUAGUGAAGAAGUUGCCCAGUAUGCUGGGGCAUAUAAGGUUAGCAGAGGUCUAUGGAAGAAAUACGGUGACAAGAGGAUCAUAGAUACUCCCAUGUCAGAGAUGGGCUUUGCUGGAAUCGCUGUUGGUGCAGCUAUGGCUGGGUUGCAGCCUAUCUGUGAAUUUAUGACCUUCAACUUCUCUAUGCAAGCCAUUGACCAGGUUAUAAACUCAGCUGCUAAGACUUACUGCAUGUCUGCCGGCCUCCAGCCUGUGCCCAUAGUAUUCAGGGGGCCCAAUGGUGCCUCAGCAGGUGUAGCUGCUCAUCACUCACAAUGCUUUGCUGCAUGGUAUUGGCACUGUCCAGGUUUAAAAGUGGUCAGCCCCUGUAAUUCUGAGGAUGCAAAAGGACUUAUUAAAUCAGUCAUUUGUGAUGAUAAUCCAGUGGUGAUGCUAGAGAAUGAACUAGUGUAUGGAGUUGCAUUUGAACUUCCUACAGAAGCUCAGUCAAAAGAUUUUCUGAUUCCUUUUGGAAAAGCCAAAAUUGAAAGGCAAGGGACCCACAUCACUGUAGUUGCCCAUUCAAGACCAGUGGGCCACUGCCUAUUGUCUAAGGAGGGGAUUGAAUGUGAGGUGAUAAACUUGUGUACCAUCAGACCAAUGGACAUUGAAGCCAUAGAAGCCAGUGUCAUGAAGACAAAUCACCUUGUAACUGUGGAAGGAGGCUGGCCACAAUUUGGAGUGGGAGCUGAGAUUUGUGCCAGAAUCAUGGAAGGCCGUGCAUUCAAUUUCCUUGAUGCUCCUGCUGUUCUGUGUCACUGGUGCUGAUGUCCCCAGGCCUUAUGCAAAGAUCCUAGAAGACAACUCCAUACCUCAGGUCAAAGACAUCAUAUGUGCAGUAAAGAAGACAUUGAAUGUCUAAUUUGGACUUUGAAUAUCAAGUCAUUGAAAUUUAUUUAAAAUACUUAUUGGGACUUCAUCUAAUGUGUACUGAGAAAAUUUCCUAGUUAUAAAAUCAAUGCUAAAGCAGCA